CCAGUUGUUAGGUUCGUGAGAAAUGUAAUGCUCGCGUGUUUGCUGGGGAUAGAAUGAUUCAUCCCAGUCCAAGAUGAUAUGGGUGCCACAUGUAGCAGUGGAGGAACCAAGACUCUGGCCGUAAAUCUCUCCUACACGGAAUUGGAGUACCCUCAAAAGAUUUUGAUGGUUGGGCCCAGUGGAGCAGGUAAAACUCACUUGCUAUACUCUUGGAAGCUGGGAUGUGACAAUGUGGUGGAGCCAGUCCAAACAUCCGACUUUAACGUGGAGCAGGUCCGAGCCUCCAGUGGUCACUCUUUUAUGGUGUUUGACCUGAGCGGGUCCCCCAACUUCAGAGUCAAACGACGGCAGUUCUACCAGGGCACAGAAGGUAUCGUUUUCGUGGUGGACAGCACGUGCUUGGAUACCAAGGAGAUGGACGACGCCAAACAGGACCUUGUCAGCGUGCUGCACGACCGGGACCUCAUACACACACCUCUUCUUGUCUUAGGCAACAAACAGGACCUGUCAGGUGCUUUACCUCUGGAUGAGCUUGAGACAGCUCUUGGGCUGAAGGCAGCCAUGACGACCAAAAGACCAUGGAAAACAAUGGAGGUGUGCUCACUCAGUGAGGAGAGUGUACAGAUGGCAUUAGACGGUCUUGUACAGUUAAUAGGGUCCUCCGAUCUAGUCACAACACGGUCAAACAUAUCAACGGCUACCACAGAACUUGUUACUCCCAGACCGGGAGUGACCACAACGAAACAAGACGUUGUUAAGAUUGAUGUACCCAAAGCAUGGACGAAAUAGAAUGUGGUUCCUAACAUGUCAAGGAUAUACAUUAUGUCCACUUCAUUUUAAUUGAAACAAAAUUGAACUUUUUAAGAUGAGAGCUAUGCAUUUUGGAAUUGUUAAUUCUUCAUCACUUAACCAGUAUAGCGGAACUGGACUGGGUCCAUCAUCGGCGACCAGGUAGCUCUUUUGGUAGAGCGUUAGUCAAGAGUUCGGAAGGUCCCGGGUUCGAACCCUGGUCUGGCCGUUGCAUUCCUCUUUCUCCAGUUACGCAAGCAAUACACGACUCCUUCCCGAGAUAAUCUGAUGCCAUAAUAGUCUGAAGCCGAAAAUUGAGUCAUUCAGAUAACUGUCCAACAAUGAAAAUUUUGAAAUAGCUCAAUUAAGAUAUUUUCUUAACUAACUAGAUAUAGUAUUUAAGCUCUCCAGACCUCGUUAUAGGUGCAUCUAUUUACAGUGACAACAGGUUUAGUCCUGCUAUUAAGAGUGGCUGCGUUUUAUCAAUCAACCAAACAGAAAUGCAAUAUACCAAGAGAUUACAUUGAUCAUUAGUAUACUUAUAGCGUCGGCCAUACUACAGUCUCAUUGCAGUGUACCACAUCAUACUGAUGUAUCUCCCGCAAUAGCUCGUGUGGCAACUGACGGGGAGGGUGCCAGGUGAGAUAUAUUUACUCCACAACGCUUCAUCGUCAUCACAGACUACCAAGAGCAGACUACGAUCAUUAGUCUACCAAAAGAAAUAUUUGAGGUGGCUAUAGGUUCGAACUCGGUCCAUCUGACCGUUCAUCACUUUGCCUAUUUCAUAUCCUCUGCCACAUAUAGUUAUGAGUACCUCAUGAGUUGGCAGAGUGCCCCUUACUAAGAUCGUGCCUCCUUUUCCAUUACAUACAGAGUUACGGUCCUUUGUUCACCGCGAAUCAUUAAAUUGACGGGGACAUAUCUCAUGUACUCGUUCAUCUCCAUGGCCUAAUUCUGUAUGUCAAUAUCUCUUUGGAUCGUGGGGUGCCACGCACUGCAAAAUACACCAAAUUAUCAAUCAAUGCGAUUGAUAUUACUUUCCCGUUAAGCAUUCACUGCAUGUAAAUUCAAGUUUUACGCGAACACAUAUUUGUCUAUACGUAACAUAAGUCAUACAGAUGAGUGAAACGCGACUGAAAGAAUUAUUACAGAAAGACAAGAUCGCAAAAUUAGGUGUCUUAAAACUGUACGUUGCCUACAGUACUCCAAUAGCAUACAGUACUCGAGUAUCCUUCUGUACUCCAAUGUCAUACGGAAGUCGGCGUUGCCAGCAAUAUGAAUGUGAGCCCAUUGUGUCAUUAUAGUCUUUCAGUGCAGUUUAGUCCAUAGUCAUACCCAUCACUUGUUUCGAUAGUCAUUUAUGAUAGACAGAUGAGUUGACACCAAUUAAUUAAGGAGAUUUCAAAGAGUAUGAGAAUAGAAACGUUUGAAUGAUUUGUUGCAAAACCACAUUUAUAGAUAAUACCAUUUAGAAACGUAUGCAUAUAUUCUGAUGACAUUUCAUAUUUAUUUAUUAUUGUUUUCCCGUUUUUACAAUUUGUUAUGUACAUUGAUAGAAGUGUUGUAAGUAUAAAACCAUUCCAUUGUCGUUCUGGUCCAGACGUAGAAAAAAUAAUGCUGUAUCGCAAGUCGAACAAUAUACACGUUAUGGAGUAGAAUAUAAGUGUAUCGAAAUAGCUAUUUAUAUUAUAUGUAGAACCUCACGUGAAGAUCAAGAUUAUCAACCAAGGUGAAAGGUCAGAGAUGUGAUGGAAUAAUGUACGAGUACGUUGUCGGUGUUACAGAGUUAAAAUCUUGAUCAAGCUAUAUCAAAACCAUACAUGUAUAACGUCUGUAGUAGCUUCAUCCCUGCAUCUGUUAUAGUUUUAUUACUUUCAAAUUCGACAUAGUGUUAAUCGAUCAGUCCUCUCUUAUAUAUAGUAUACGUAUACUUGUGAGUAAUGGUAAAGGACAGUUUACACUUAACUGUAACACAGAUGUACAGUGUUAAGUAUUUUACGUCUCUGACCUGAAGACUUGGAUAUUUCGAACAGCUCAGUCCUUUGCUAAUAUUGAGUUAUAAAGUAUCCAUUGGCAGUUAGUCUUCGAUCGUGAUUCCUUCAGAUUAUGUGUAUAUGUAUUUAAAGAAUGCAUUAUCACUAAAACUCUGAAAAGUAGAUAUUUGUGUACGUGAUCUCACAAACAGAUAUUAAAUUCCGAAACGUGGUGAUCCCAUAGAACUAGGACUACUAACGUUGAUUGAUAUAAUAAUUAUAAUAUAGUUGUUCCGUGUAUACUAUUUUAAGUUAUGAUAUUAAUAGAUUGUGUCGGGACCCUCGUCUAUAUGUUAUAGUAAAACUUUCAUUUCGUAGAAGCUCUUGUGCGAGAAGUAUAAAAAAAAAAUCAUUUAAAGAAAGUUUUUACUGAACUAGUCAUGUUGCACGUGAUUUUACCUUCUGUAAAGACACAUUCAUCAUAAAAUCAGUUUAAUGUUCACAUGGAAUUAGUUUGACGUUCAUUCGUAAUCAUCUUUAAUGCUCAUGUAAAUUCAUGUAAUUUUGAAUGAAGUAAAAGUGCUAUAAGGUAACCUUGUUAUUAGUAUCAUCCAGUAGUGAUUUCUAGUGCAGCUUGCGUCCUAUAUUUUACACGGCACCAUGUUAUUGAUGAGCACACUUUAUUGUUUUACCUCGUGUUUUUGUCUUAUGUCAAUACGAGUGCUACCAUUAAAACCAAAUAAACAGUUUACGUGUUUGUCAUGACGAUAGAGCAACUUCACAUUACACCGGUUCUUGCUAUGAGGACGUGACAUCACUUGGAUUUGACCUUGAUUUACAUGGCGGGUGUCGUCGUUGUAACAGAAGAUGCUUACCCUUCCGGAACCAUUGUGCGUUUUUUUCUGGGUUUCCAUUUAAGUUUUAUAUAGAAGAGACUGUCAGUAAAUGCAUGCCUUUGUGGGGGAAUGGUAUCCUCUUGAUUAUAUGCCUAUGGUAUAAGUAUAUAAUUAGUCUCAGUGACACUUAAUUAGUAUUUUUAACAAACCUGAUUACCGGCAUACACUCUAUGAAUACAUGUUCUUUGGGAACAACAAUAAUAUCACUAAAAACUGCAUUUUAAAAAACACCCUGCCAGAUCUACAAAACAAUUAGUUACCUUGGGUCCCCAUCCAGGUACCUGUGCAGUGUGGUGCAUCACGUCAACAAAUUAUAAGAACAAGACUAGUAACCAUUCACAGGCGAAAUAACCCCUCAGAAGGCAUCAUGGUCCAUAUAGAGUUAUGAAGGUUAGUAAAAACCCAAAGCGCUGAUGUCCCAAUAUUAUAACAUGUAAUAUAAUUUCACACAAAAUUAUCUAUAGUUUUGUAUGACCUUGUCAAACUUUCAAAGUUAGAGAGGCCAAUUGUAUUAAAAUCUUUACACGACUUACCACGAGGCACAAGAUAAUGAUAUUUCACCAGAUGCAUACAAAGAUGAAGGGCUAUGAAACUUGUUCAAAUACAUGACCUGAACCAACUUUAAAAGUCACAUGUAUAAAAUAAAUUAAAUCUUCCAAUAAGGUGUUCCAAUCAGAUUCCAUACUGUGUGAAGUAACAAUCGGCAUAUUUAACCUUCUUGCUAUCAUAAUUGUUUAAAUAUAUUUGACCUUGAACCACUUUUAAAAUAAAUAUUAUUAUAAUUAUUAUUAUGUGGGUUGUUUGUACCAACAGUUUUGAAUAACAGGUGAGCAAGACAGGCCCAAUGGAACUUUUGUUCAAACACAUCACACAACAAACAGGAACAUUGGACACAUUUUAUUGAACCAAGAUUCAUAAAUAUCAUUCUACAUUCAUAUUCAAUCAUACUAUAUUAACAGAUUCAUGUACAUUCCUGUGUGCACUAAUGAUGAACUCCUGGCAUUAAGCUCUCGCACUCUAGAUGAUUCCUUUCAAUCACUUGUAUCCCAAGUAAUUGCCUUUCACAUCAAUUAAUAAAUCUCACAUCAGCAAAGAAAUAUUUUUGCUAAUAUGGUUAAACAAAUGUUUGAUAUCACUAUCUCCAAAGUCCAAUGAAAUAUUUAUGGCAUUAUUGAGAAAUACAGUCAUCAUAAAAUGCACCAUACUAUGUAAUUUUCCUCCUUACCAUAUGCAAUAAACAUGCUCAAUAAAAACAUAUUCUGCCUCUAUAGAUGUCAUAUAGACAUGAACAAGUCAUU